AUGCCGGCCGACAGCACAGUAGAUGUUGUGGAGGCUCCAGUCUUGGAAGCGAAGUCCUCCAGCAAAGGGUCACAUAAUCCGAAACUGAAAAGAAGCGACGAAUAUGGCGUUCUAAGUGCCCCAAACAUCGGACUGGUGGUUUUGGGAGAGCAUCAGUUCAAAACAUGGUACGGUAACGGCGCGUAUUUCAACUCCGCUGGAGACUCAGAGCUAGGCAUUGACAGCAUACAUGUUAGUGGCUCGUCACGAAGAAAAACACCCGCAGUGGACUCGCAGCUUUGGCUUGACAAGUUGUAUGUGUGUGAGCAUUGCUUCAAAUACACCGCAGACGAGGGCAAAAUGACCUUACACAGAACGUUAUGUCCUCUACGAAAGCCAUUUCCGCCACUAGGAAGGUUGGUCUAUUCAGACACGAAAGCACCGUACCUCAUCAAGCAUGUUCGAGGGUUCACCCAUGAGCUUUUCUGCCAAAAUCUCUCGCUUUUUGGCAAGCUCUUCCUCGAUGACAAGUCGGUCUACUACAACGUCGACUGCUUCGACUUUUACAUUCUUUACGGCUUCGAUCCCCAAGAUGAGGACAUUUCCGGGUCGGUGCUACGCAAAUACUUCAAACCAAUGGGCUUCUUCUCCAGAGAAGUCAAUUCCUGGGAAGCCGACAACAACCUCGCAUGUAUAUGUGUUUUCCCGCCGUAUCAGAGGCUCCAUCUAGGGCAACUCCUUAUCGAAUUUCUGUAUGCGCUCGCGCUGGUGACCCCAAACAUGGCACGGCUGGGUCCUGAGUUCCCUCUUUCGCCAUACGGAAAGGUCAGUUACCUACGAUUCUGGUCCAAAAAGUUGGCCUCCCAUAUAACUACUGAUUUAGCACAUAAAGAUAGUGUCACUCUUCUGCAACUCGGAAAUGACACGGGAUUCCGGAAAGAGGAUACACUACUCGCAUUGGAGUAUAUGGGUGUCCUAGAAGAGGACCCUGACACCGAAGAUGUUUACGUCAACACAAGCAAAGUGAAAGAGUCAUCAUCCAUACCUGAACCUGUUCGUGUUGAGCCACCCAAAAGCUCGGCCGAGUCCCUCUUUGUACAAGAAGACGAUGAUGAGGACGUGGUCGAGGUGAUUGAGGAGCCUCACCAGAACGGUUCUUCACAGCCUACCCAGGAUACGACUAUGACUCAAGUUCCUGUCACCAUGCUGAGUCAGCCUGUUGAAGAGCAGACGACUCUAGCGUCUCUGCAAGACUCGAACGGCUCCGAAACUAGACUAUCUCAAAUCGGUUUUGAUCUUUUCAAAAGUCAACUACAAUCAGUUAUUGGCGAUGCCUCCAACAAGGCAUUGCGUCAUCUUUACCAAAAGUACUUCAAUAGACCCAACUAUAUUCAGCUUGCGACGAAUGAGUACUUCAAUAACAUGGAGUUGGGCGCGACUCCAACGCAAGAAGAGGUCAAGGAAGAAAUGGAUGUAAAGGAAGAGCGAAACGAGGAGAUCAAAGAGCUAUAUGAACGCAUGAGAACUCAAGUGAAGCAAGACCAAGAGGAGAUCAAGGCCAGUCUGUGGAAGAAAUACAUAGGAACGCUUCAUUUGGAAGCUUGGGCGACGCGACCAUACCUUCGCAGCCUUACUUACAAGCAGCCCUUGAUGAUAAAGAGACUUAUACCAACUAAGAUGAAAAGAUCCUCAAAGGUUCAGGCAAAGUUUGGGGAUUCAGCUGUUAUUCGAUUAUACACUGAAGGAAGUGACAACAGAGAGAUAGGCCGUCUACCGGAAGAUGUUACCAGAAUUCUCUCGCCUUUAAUUGAUCUCGACUUAGCUCAUUUCGAAGCAGCAGUGAUGAUGGAAACGAGCAAACGAAUUUCCAUCGGUGACCCUUUCUACAUUCUGGUCCGCUGCUUCCUCAAUAACAAUACUUUUGUCAAUCAUGAAAAAUACGUUGGCAGUGAGGAUGUGGAUAAUGCUUCCCCAUCAAAGAAAAGAAAAGUCGCAAAGGGGGCUGGUUUCAACUACUCAAAAGAAACCGAUGCUGAGGCAGCUCUUAGACUCAAACAGAAGUCCAUCGCAAAGUUGUUCGAUAAGUUACAUAUUGUUCCGUUUGAUGAAAAUCUGCCGCCCGCUGAAGAACUUGUGGUGCUCGAUGAUGAUGCCUCCCCCGAAGACACCUCUACCAAUGCCACAGUGGAUGAACUUAGUCUUGAUCAGUUGAAAGACUUCUACACCGCUAACCAGCAUUCAGAUUAUUUAGAUGAUUUGCCGGAGUCAACGACGCCUCCAAAAGAGAACUUCAAGUUGGAGCUCAGACCUUACCAAAAACAUGGACUUUCAUGGAUGUUGGCGAGAGAAAAAGAGAUUGAUACUCUCGAGACCUUGUCAACGAGUGAAGGCGAAGGAUUUUCCACCCAAAGGCGUCAAGCUAUUCGUCAAGAUGAGGGUGUGGUGAACCCUCUUUGGAGCAAAUUCAAGUGGCCCACAGACCCUGCAAGUGAGGUUCAAAACCUGCCGGAGGACGAGUUUUUUUACGCCAAUUUGUAUAACGGCGAGAUGUCCACUGAUAAACCUAUGAUGAAGAGCUUUUUAAAGGGUGGAGUCCUUGCUGAUGAGAUGGGGUUGGGAAAGACGAUUUCGACUUUGUCCCUCAUUCAUUCCGUUCCUUAUGACUUGGAGGCAAUCAAAUUCGAGCCUCCUCGUUAUGCUUCCAAAUCGACCUUAAUUAUUGUUCCGAUGUCAUUGUUGUCACAGUGGAAGGCCGAGUUCGACCGUUCUAAUAACAAUAAGAACCAUAGGUGCUUCAUUUACUAUGGUGAUACAGUUCAGGCCGAUUUCUCUCAAACCUUAUGCGGACGAUCCACCAAUAUACCGAUUGUCGUUUUGACGACUUACGGCACAGUUCAGAACGAGUGGACUCGUUUCAACAAAACGCGUGAUGAAAACGGCAAACUCCCUAAGUUGGGUCUAUUCUCUGUGGAAUAUUUCAGAAUUGUUUUGGACGAAGGUCAUACGAUUAGAAAUAGGACUACCAAAACGGCGAAGUCUGUUCAUGAGUUGGAGCUGAGAAGAAAAUGGGUACUAACUGGAACUCCGGUGGUAAACAGGCUAGAUGAUAUAUUCUCCAUCGUCAAGUUUUUGAAGCUUGAACCGUGGAGUAAUUUUUCAUACUGGAAAACAUUUGUGACCUUACCAUUUGAGCAAAAGAAGUUCAACCAAACGUUGGACGUUGUCAAGUCCAUCUUGCAGCCGAUAUUUUUGAGGCGUACAAAGAACAUGAAACUGAAAGAAGGCAAACCUCUCAUCAGUCUCCCAGAGAAGGAAGUCAUCGUGCAAGAACUUGAUUUCAGCAAGAGAGAACAACUUUUUUAUGAGUUCUUUAAAACCAGAGCAUUCCAGUCCUUCAAGGAUGGUAUUAAGAGCGGUGAUUUGUUGAAGAAGUAUACCCAGAUCUUGACACACAUAUUGCGGUUAAGACAAAUAUGUUGCCAUGCUGACCUCGUUUCUAAAAGUGAUGAGCUCGAUGAGACUUGGGCUCGUGAGUUAGAAGAAUUUGAGAAACCCUCUUUGUCUGAGAGAUUUGAAAGCGAUACAAAAAUGAAGCAGACGAUGUAUGGUCUUUACAAACGUAUCGAUAUCCCGAAUAGUGAGUGCUCGAUAUGUACGCAAGCUCCGAUUAGUGUUGGAGAGAUGAUAGUUACUGAAUGUGGACAUAGCUUUUGUUUCCAUUGCUUGAAGGAACACAUAGAGUUCCAGGCUAAUAACGGAAACAGUCCGCUUUGUCCAGAUUGUCGUGGCCCAAUCUCGAUAUACAGACUCUUCAAAACUAGAAAUAAGGAGAUGGAAAAGAAGGAAGUUAGAUUCCACACAAAUGAGCAAGUGGACGAUCCGAGCGCAAAGUAUGAAUUUCAGCUUUAUCACUAUGAUCCAGACAGAACAUCCUCAAAAAUUGAGGCGCUUAUAACUCAUCUUAUAGCCCUCAAGGAUCAAGCUCCGGGUGAGCAAGUUGUGGUAUUCUCUCAAUUUUCCAGUUAUCUUGACUUGAUCGAAAACGAGUUGAAGGUCAUCAGCAACAAUGGCGACGAUUUCGAGGUUUACAAAUUUGAUGGCCGUUUGAAUCUCAACGAUCGUGAAAAGAUCUUGCUGAGCUUCACCGCCGAGCGUAAAAUGAGUGGAAAGGUUGUUGUCCUCCUCUUGUCGUUGAAAGCAGGGGGAGUCGGUCUCAAUCUUACUUGCGCUAAUCGUGCGUUUAUGAUGGACCCGUGGUGGUCACCAAGUGUUGAGGAUCAGGCUAUUGACAGAAUUCAUCGAAUUGGUCAAGCUCAGAAUGUGAAGGUAAUACGUUUCAUUGUGAAGAACAGUAUAGAAACCAAGAUGUUGCGCAUUCAAGAAAGGAAGCGUAUGAUGGGAGAAGCAGUUGAAGUUGAAGAGGAAGAAAGAAGAAAGCAAAGAAUCGAGGAGAUCAAACUCUUAUUUGAAGAGUAA